CUCCUCCUCCUGGCGCGGCGCUGCCUGCGCGCUGCUGGCUGAGCUGCGCGGCUGUGCGCGGCGCGGAGUUUGCUUUGUGCCCGCGGUCGCGACAGGACGGCCCGCAGCCAUGGAAGAGUUAAUAGUAGAGCUGCGACUGUUUCUUGAACUUCUGGACCAUGAAUAUCUGACGUCCACUGUCAGGGAGAAGAAGGCAGUAAUAACUAACAUUCUCCUGAGGAUACAGUCAUCAAAAGGUUUUGAAAUAAAAGAACAUGUGCAGAAAACAGAAGUUGCCAACAGCCUGCCAGCACCUCCUCAAAUGCCUCUGCCAGAAAUACCUCAGCAGUGGCUGCCACCAGAUAAUGGGCCUCCGCCAUUACCGACAUCUUCCCUUCCGGAGGGCUAUUAUGAAGAGGCAGUGCCACUUAGUCCUGGGAAGGCUCCUGAAUAUAUCACUUCCAAUUAUGACUCAGAUGCUAUGAGCAGCUCUUAUGAAUCCUAUGAUGAAGAGGAAGAGGAUGGAAAGGGGAAGAAAAUGAGACAUCAGUGGCCUUCUGAGGAAGCUUCUAUGGAUCUGGUGAAGGAUGCCAAAAUUUGUGCCUUCCUACUUAGAAAGAAACGAUUCGGGCAAUGGACCAAACUACUGUGUGUUAUCAAAGAAAACAAACUACUGUGUUACAAAAGUUCUAAGGACCAGCAGCCCCAGAUGGAGCUGCUCCUGAAUGACUGCAGCAUCACCUACAUCCCCAAAGACAGCAAAAAGAAGAAACAUGAGCUGAAAAUCUCGCACCAAGGAGCGGAUGCACUAGUCCUGGCAGUACAGAGCAAAGAGCAGGCGGAGCAGUGGCUAAAGGUCAUAAAAGAUGUGUGCAACAACUGUACGGGCACUGUGGACUCUGAUGGGCCAUUGUCUAGUUCUCCAGUACACAAGACAGAGCUGGAAAAGAAGUUGUCAUCUGAGAGACCAAGUUCAGAUGGGGAGGGUGCUGUGGAAAAUGGCAUCACCACAGUGUGCAAUGGAAAAGAACAAGUGAAGAGAAAAAAAAGUUCAAAAACAGAAGCCAAGGGCACUGUGACUAAAGUAACAGGGAAAAAAAUAACGAAGAUCAUUGGUUUAGGAAAGAAAAAGCCAUCAACAGAUGAACAGACCUCAUCAGCUGAAGAAGAUGUUCCAACAUGUGGAUAUCUCAAUGUGCUCUCAAAUAACCGUUGGCGUGAGCGCUGGUGCCGAGUGAAAGACAAUAAACUCAUUUUCCACAAGGACAGGACAGAUCUGAAGACACACAUUGUUUCUAUCCCUCUCCGUGGAUGUGAAGUCAUCCCAGGACUGGAUUCAAAGCAUCCUCUGACCUUCCGGCUGCUUCGAAAUGGGCAGGAGGUUGCUGUGCUUGAGGCAUCUUCCUCUGAAGACAUGGGCAGAUGGAUAGGGAUGUUGCUUGCAGAAACGGGAUCUUCGACAGACCCCGGAGCUCUGCACUAUGACUACAUCGAUGUGGAAAUGACAGCAAGUGUCAUCCAGGCUGCAAAACAGACCUUCUGUUUUAUGAACAGGCGAGUUAUAUCCACAAAUCCAUACCGGGGAAGCACUGCCAAUGGCUAUGCAUGUCCGAGUGGAAUGGCACUUCAUUACGAUGAUGUUCCCUGCAUAAAUGGAUCGUGGGAACCAGAAGAUGGCUUUCCUUCUUCUCGUAGCAGGAGCAUGGGAGAAGAAAUGCUUUAUGAUAACGCAGGCCUGUACGAUAACUUGCCGUCUCCAAAAAUCUUUGCACGCUAUCCGCCAGCUGACAGGAAAACCAAUAGGUUAUCUACUGACAAACUCUCCUCUAACCAUUACAAACACCCUGUCUCAUCCAAUCUGUCUUCUGCUCAGUCUGUCACUAAUACCUCUGCUGUGGGGAGGGGAUCUGUCUCACAGUUCAAAGGCAAGAAACCUCCUGCAACUGCUAACGGGAUCACUGGAAAAGUGAGAACAUUAAAUAGCCAACCGAAGAAACCUGAAUCAGUGUCAUGUGUGAAGCGCACAGCAUCCAAUGCAGAACAGUACAAAUAUGGUAAGAAUCGUGUGGAGGCUGAUGCAAAGAGGUUGCAGAGCAAAGAAGAGGAACUGCUAAAGAGGAAAGAAGCACUGCGGAAUAGGCUGGCCCAGCUCCGAAAAGAAAGAAAAGAUCUACGUGCUGCCAUCGAAGUCAAUGCUGGCAGGAAGACCCAAGUGAUUCUUGAAGACAAGUUAAAGAAGCUGGAAGAGGAAUGUAAGACAAAGGAGGCUGAGCGUGUAAACCUGGAGCUAGAACUGACUGAGGUGAAAGAGAGCCUUAAGAAAGCCCUGGCUGGUGGGAUCACAUUGGGCUUGGCUAUUGAGCCCAAGUCAGGAACAUCAAGCCCACAGUCUCCAAUUUUCAAGCACCGAACUUUGGAAAACUCUCCAAUCUCCAGCUGUGAUACCAGUGACACUGAGUGCUCAAUACCUGUGAACAGUGCAGCAGCUCUGAAGCGACCUCCCUCAUCAAAUAGUUCUCCAUGUCGGGGGCAUGUACUUCGAAAAGCAAAGGAAUGGGAGAUGAAAAACGGAACAUAAAUACAGCAAAACCACUCACUUUCCAUAAAGGCCUUGCCUAUUAUGGACCACAAUAUAGGCUGCAAAGGACUCACCCGGUGUAUCAAGCGAUACAACAUAAGAGGUUUUAUAAUUCUGUUAAGUUAAUGGUAGCUUGGCGCUAAUUUGCCUGUAUUCCCUCUACUGUAUUGCUGUGUAACUACAUGUGCCCCUUUUUAUUACCUGUAACUCUUUAUUUCCAGCUUCACUGGUAACGCAAAUGGAAACCAAAAAGCAAACCAACCAUAGUAAGUAAAAAGAGGCAUAUAGUUGCAACUGAAAGUUUACUUUGCUGAAACAGUACAGACCAGCAAUGUGAAUUACAUUGCAUUAAAUGGCCUGAACAGCACUGAAGACUGGUGCAUUAUUUAAGACAGAUGUGAACUCAUUUCAGAUAAGUACUCUUGCAGGUAACAUGCUUUGGAGAGCUCUGCAUGCCACAGAGGUAGCUGAGGCAAGUAGUCACAUUGCUCUUAGUGGUCCAUGUGGCAAAAGAAAACUGAAGAAAUGGCUUCACAUGAAUGGCAUGACCUGCUUGGACUGGGAAGUAGGGAGUUCAUCACUGCUACUGCCUUGAUGGCAGUGGAAUGACACAACUCAGCUGUGAAGA